AUGGCACCAGAGGGCAAUGACAACAGCACAGGGGUCGGAAUUUCCUGUAAACCUUAUUUUUCCUGUGUUUUAUUGCGAAUAUUUCCCUACUUGAUAAGUGUUAUCAUAACAUGCGGAAACCUCCUCAUAAUCAUCUCUGUCAUUUACUUCAGACAGCUUCACACUCCUACUAACUAUCUCAUUCUCUCUCUGGCUGUGUCUGAUUUACUUGUUGGUGUUUUAAUUAUUCCUCUCAGCAGGGAAUUCACUUUCGACUACUGCAUGAUUCAUGGAGGUUUGAUUUGCUCAGUACGAAACACUAUUGAUGUCGCACUGACCACAGCUUCAAUUCUGAAUUUAAUGUGUAUUUCUGUAGAUAGAUAUUAUGCAGUGUGUAAACCUCUGACUUAUAAAACUACAAUCACUGUUCAUGUUGUUGUGGUCAUGAUCUUGCUGAGCUGGAGUCUUUCAGUUCUACUGUCCAUUGGUUUUGUGGUUGCAGAAUUAAACUACGCAAAAUGUGGAGAAAACUGUUCUGUUAAUGUUUCUGGACCCCUUUUUUCCUUCUUCCUUCCUAUGAUCAUAAUGAUAUGUAUCUAUGUAAAGAUUUUCUUUGUAGCACAGAAUCAAGCACGCAGCAUCCAAAACACAAGCUAUCAGAGCAGGACGACAGGAGCAGCUGUCAGUAAGAUGGAGAGAAAGGCCACCAAAACUCUGGCUAUUGUCAUGGGUGCCUUCCUAAUCUGUUGUAGUCCUUUCUUCAUAUUUUUGAUGAUUUUUUAUAUCACGCAGGUGUCAGUGUCACUGGUGGUAAUGGAUGUUCUUACUUGGAUGGUAAUGUCAAAUUCAAUGAUCAACCCAUUUAUUUAUGCUUUCUUUUACAGCUGGUACAGGUCUGCCUUUAAAAUACUGAUAUCUGGAAAAGUAUGGCAGGGUCAUUUUUCAAACACCAGGCUUUAA